AUGGCUUUAGCAUCUAAUUCUAUCUCAACAGCAGAAGAAGAAAGAUUUAGGAUAUUUGAAACAAGUUAUGAAACAGUUGAUGAUCUUAAAAAGGUGAUCAAAGCCAGAGUGGAAGUGAUCAAAUGCGUCAUUGACUUGACAAAGCUGUCGAAUUAUGCCAAGAAGGAUGUUGCAGUGGCUGUUUAUUGGGCUAUUGAAACCAUUGUAGCCAGCACGACUCAGCUUUGCCACCUCAUUAUAGAUGAAGUUUGGUUCAAUGCAGAGGAAGAGGAUUACAGAAAGCUCAAGGAAAUCCUUAAUACUCCUAAGGACCUCGUGGAGGUACUUGAAAAAAUAUUGAUUGAUCCCACGAACAAGAUGCCGCCACUAAUUGAUGGUUCCACUGAAACCACGGUUGAAAUUAAUUCCCUAAAGGGGAAGAGUGUCUUCUUGUUCAUUUCGGGCCUACCUAUCUCCAGUGAUGACAAUUCAAUUCUCAAGCCAUUUCUUGAUAAAACAGGGAAGGAAGACCAAUAUAGGAUUAUAUGGAUACCAUUUGUGAAGCAAUGGACCGAAGACCUGAAAAAGAAAUUCAAAACCCUGGGGUCUAAGAUGCUAAACGUAGCAAUGGAUUAUUCUUUACCAAUAUCGACCCAUAGGUACAUCAAUCAGAAGUGGAACUUCAAGUUUAACGAGCCCUUAAUUGUGGCGUUUAACCAGCAAGGAAAGGUGGAAUGUAAGAAUGCAAUUCACAUGAUCAGGGUAUGCGGAGUUGAGGCCUUCCCAUUCACUCGCGCUAGAGAAGAAACUCUGUUGAUGGAAAAGGGUUUGAUAGGGGUAACAGCAACUCACGUUGUUUCACAGACAGAAAACUGGAUCAAAGAGAAUUACAUCUUUUUGUAUGGAGGUCAGGACAACGAGUGGAUCCAAAAUUUUACUAAAAGUGCAAAGAUCCUUGUCGAUGAUCCAAUGAUAAAGGAAAAAGGGAUCUCUAUAGAGUCGGUACCCAUCGAAGAUGACAACAUCCUAAAACGAUUUUGGAACAAGAUUAAGAACUUGUUCACUUCCAGGGCUCAAAGGGAGACCAAGAUGGACUCUGUGAAGCUACAUAUCGAAAAAUUGAUUUCCUACAAGAAGAAAAAGAAAGAAUGGGCUGUGCUCAGCCAAGGGUCUAGCAUUAUAGUGAUCAGUGGCAAAACAAUGCUGAAAGUCUUGGUGGAGUUUGGAAGUUGGAAGCAGAGUUUGAAGGAGAAGGACUUCCAAUCCGCUUUCAUAGAAUACCAUAACAAGGUUUUUGUGCCUGAUGAUCAAAUUUGCCAUCACAUGAAAAUUCCAUACAACACUGCGAAAAUACCAGAGACCAUGGAAUGCUCCCACUGUCAUCGCAUCAUGGACACGUAUAUCAGUUUCAAGUGUUGCCACAAAGAUGGUGCUUCAUGGGCUUAA